AUGUAUGUAGGACUCACAAAUUUUGCAAAUGAGCAAGAUGCUAUAAAAAAUAUUUUAAUAGUCACGUCUAAAGCUUCAAGUGCGGUAUUAAGUGAAGAACGAGUGACGGGAAAUGUAACUACUGAACUUCAGGCUAAUGGUGACUCUCAAGGUCGUAUUAGUUAUGAGAAUCGAGGUGAAUGUUUUUUUCUGCCAUAUACCAAAGAUGAUGUCGAAGGGAAUGUUACUUUGAGAGCUGGUGAUAAAGUCUCCUUUCAGAUUGCAACUAACCAACGAGGAAAUUUAGGUGCUUGUCAUGUUAGACUUGAGAAUCCAGCACACCCAGUUCGUUAUCGCGGUGUGAUAUGUACAAUGAAAGAAAGUUUUGGAUUCAUUGAACGUGCAGAUGUAGUCAAAGAAAUAUUUUUCCAUUUUAGUGAGGCCAAAUCAUUAAAAGAAGAGUUAAAACUAGGAGAUGACGUUGAGUUCAUAAUACAAACGCGUAAUGGAAAAGAAGUUGCGUGUAAUAUUACUAAAUUACCGCCAGGUUCUAUCAUCUUUGAAGAAAUCAACAAUGAAAUUAUUAAAGGUCAAGUAUUAAAACCAUUAGAGAGAGGAAAUACAGCCCGUCAUCAAAAUGAUCCACUACCGGGACGUAUUCGCUACAGAGCUGCUGAUUAUUCUGAAGAAGAAAUACCAUUUGGUGAUAAAGAUCAAAAAGGCGAUUUUACUCUUAAUCUCUUCUGGUUCGAAGCAAUUACUUAG